AUGACACCAUUCAGUACUGUGCUGCAUUUGUCGUUUUUUGCCGUUGUUAACUUUUUCGCUGUGCCGCGUUCGAGCAGUGCGAUUCCAGUAUGCCCCGUAAUGACGAUGCAACUGUAUCCUCCUCUGCGCGCGGCCGGGCCAGUCAUACGGCGAGAUUCGAUCGACAACGAGAAGCGUCUGAUGCUACUGGAAGGCGAUCACUUGUUUUCCUGGCACAGUGAUCCUUGGCGACGAAACACUUCAUUUUACAGCGAAAUGCAACACAGUGAGAAGAGUAGAGUUGAUGCCGGCAUAUUGACGACUUACACCAGCUCUACAACAUAA